AUGGUUUUACCCGAGGUUGAGCUGACUACCACGACGACCAUCACACUGCCCGCGUAUACCAGCACCGUGGAUGUUGAAUGGACGAUCACCAAGCUGACAACUGUGUAUGGUGGCGAUAUGUCCACAGUCACCAAGUUCAACCAAUACUGCCUAGUUUUCAAUUAUAAACUUCCCCAGAUGCGGUUAUGCUAG